CCGUGCGGAUUUCGAUUCGAAUAUAUAAUUCCCCGGGCCUUACAAACAAAUACAUAAUUAUAGAUAUAUAUACAUAUAUAUGUAUACAAAUAUACAUGAUUUUGCACAGCUUAAACGGCAAAUCGAGUUUCUGCGCUGUGAAUUAACAAAAGAAAGCGGAAAAAUCGAAGUUAAUCAAGUCCAGUGCAAACGAACUUAGCAAAUAAGCAAAAUCAAAUUCGAGCAAAAUCAAAACCAAACGAAGCGAUAGCUUAGUGAACUUAAACGCAGUAAGCGCGACGCGAAGUGAAAAAUUGUUCAACUAAACCAAAAUGGCCUGGGGCUAUUGGUCCGCCACGACUGUGGAUCGUGGACGAUCGCCGCGCCGCCUGACGCAAUGUGCACCACUUCCGGUCAACAUAGUGCAGCAGGAGGAGGAGGAGGAGCAGCCCUGCCUGCCGCAACAGCACCAGCAGCAGCAGCAAACGCAGCAGCAACAGCAAUCGCAGACCUGCCCCAGCACACCGUCGGCCAAUCAGCAGGGCAGUGGCAACUUGUGCUACAGCCCCACCUGUCGUUCCCGCUGCUCGAGUCCCUGUCCGGGAUCUCCGUGCGGCUCCAUUACGCCGCCACCUCCGCCGAUGCUCACGUCCUCGCAGCAGCACCUGCACUCCAAUAAAAAUUGCCCAGCGGCGCAGCAACUAAUGACUCACCUGGAUUACGCCGCUCGGAGACAAUCGCUCGACCAGCUGGACAGUCCACAGUCCAAGUACUUUGACAUUCAGGCCAACCAGCUGUCGGACAUCAUGUGCCGCGGAGCGGUGGUCAGUUCCAUUCAGUCGGCGAACAACACGCUGACCCGUGGCGUAUCGAUGCACAGCCGGAGUGGCAGUGCCCACGGGAGUCACCAUGGCAGCCACCACAGUCACAGUCAUCAUGGCAGUGCCCAUGGAUCGCUGGGCUGUUUGCAGGGCGGCGUGGGAGUGGGCGUGGGCACAGGAAGUACGGGCAGCAUUGGCAUGAUGUCGGCCGGACACAUCGACACCGGAGACUACGAUGUGCCGCAUCCGCACCCGUAUACUCAUCAUUAUAUGCAGACGACGGCAUCGGUGACUCCGCCACAUACGUCGCUCAGUCGUCCGGGAUCGGCGGGUGCCGUGUGCCAGGGUCACGACUCCGGAUCGGAUUCCAGUCAGGGCUGCGGCGGAUCCAUCAUGGGCGGCAUGCUGGUCAUGGGUCAUCCGGGCCAUAUGGGCAGCUUGGGUCACCACAGCGCCGGCAGCGGAUCGCUGGGCAGGUGCUCGAGCAGAUGUCACAAUACAAACACCACCACGACGGAUGACUCGGGCGGUGGCAGCAGCGGCGGCGGCGGCGGAGGAGUACCGGGCACCAUGAGCAGUGCCUCCAUGGCGGUGGGCAUGCCGGGCAUGCUGAUGGACUACCAUCGCAGUCACCACAGCGGCAGUGCUGGAAGUGGUCUUAACGGAUGCGGUGGCGGUAGCAUCGCGGGCGGAAGCAUCGGGGGAAGGAGCAGUGUCCUGGGCACGAUCCACAAUGGACAUGGCCAUCAUCAUCAGCAGUAUCAUCACGAGUGCAUCCACUACGAGCGUUUGCCCAUUCCCGUGCCCAUACCCACUGUGCCGAUGGGCGUGGCAGCGUCCUCGCAGCAGAUGUCACAGCACCAGCUUCAAUCGGAGGAGGAGAUCGAGCCGGCCUAUGCGACAGUAUUCCCCAAUGUUCCUCAAGCGCCGGGAUUGUCUUGCGAUGGCGAAGACCGCAGCAUCUAUCGACGCGGUGCUCGACGCUGGCGGAAGUUGUACCGCGUCAACGGACACAUCUUCCAGGCCAAGCGUUUCAACCGGCGUGCUUUCUGUGCCUACUGCCAGGAUCGAAUCUGGGGUUUGGGCCGUCAGGGUUUCAAGUGCAUCCAGUGCAAGCUGUUGGUGCACAAGAAGUGCCAUAAGCUUGUGCAGAAGCACUGCACCGACCAGCCGGAGCCGCUGGUCAAAGAGCGGGCGGAGGAGUCAAGUGACCCUAUACCGGUGCCUUUGCCGCCACUUCCCUACGAAGCGAUGAGCGGCGGAGCCGAAGCCUGCGAGACGCACGACCAUGCGCACAUAGUGGCGCCACCGCCACCGGAGGAUCCAUUGGAGCCGGGCACUCAGCGCCAGUAUUCGCUGAACGACUUCGAGCUGAUACGGGUCAUCGGACGCGGCAGCUACGCCAAGGUGCUAAUGGUGGAGCUACGACGCACACGGCGCAUCUAUGCCAUGAAGGUGAUCAAGAAGGCGCUGGUCACCGACGACGAGGACAUCGACUGGGUGCAAACGGAGAAGCAUGUGUUCGAGACGGCCUCGAACCACCCGUUCCUGGUCGGAUUGCACUCGUGCUUCCAGACGCCCUCGCGGCUCUUCUUUGUCAUCGAGUUUGUGCGCGGUGGCGAUUUGAUGUACCACAUGCAGCGGCAACGGCGGCUGCCCGAGGAGCACGCCCGUUUCUAUGCAGCCGAGAUUAGUCUGGCGCUGAAUUUCCUUCACGAGAAGGGCAUCAUUUAUCGCGAUCUGAAGCUGGACAACGUGCUGCUGGAUCACGAGGGCCACAUCAAGCUUACGGAUUACGGCAUGUGUAAGGAGGGCAUUCGACCUGGGGACACCACCUCCACGUUCUGCGGUACACCCAACUACAUUGCCCCUGAGAUCCUGAGGGGCGAGGACUAUGGCUUCUCGGUGGACUGGUGGGCACUAGGCGUCUUGCUCUACGAGAUGUUGGCAGGCCGUAGUCCGUUCGAUCUGGCAGGAGCCUCAGAGAAUCCCGAUCAGAACACUGAGGACUAUCUGUUCCAAGUGAUCCUGGAGAAGACGAUUCGUAUACCACGCUCGCUGAGCGUUCGUGCGGCCUCUGUCUUAAAAGGUUUCCUCAACAAGAAUCCCGCUGACCGUUUGGGCUGCCAUCGGGAGUCCGCGUUCAUGGAUAUCGUCAGCCAUCCCUUCUUUAAGAAUAUGGAUUGGGAAUUGAUAGCUCAAAAGGAGGUGCAACCGCCUUAUAUACCGAACAUAGACACGGGAGAUCCCUAUGUGACAAGCAACUUUGAUGUGCAAUUUACCCAAGAACCGGCUGUACUAACGCCAGAUGAUCCUCAUGUCAUUGACAAUAUCGAUCAAUCCGAAUUCGAGGGCUUUGAGUAUGUGAACCCCUUGCUGAUGUCCCUGGAGGAUUGCGUCUGACACCACGAAAUGUGCGACUUACAUCCGUAUAACAUGCGGCUCUACGGCGAGGAUUCCAGUGAUUACGAUUCCGUGGCUGACGAUUUGAGUCUCCUGCAUUUAAACAGCGCAGCGGGAGCUGGGGGAUCAGGUAGCAGCAAUAACAAUCUCAGCCAGCAGCAACAUUAUCGCCAGCAGCAGCAGCAAUAUCAACCCCAUUCAGCAUACUCACAACAUCAGCAGCAGCAGCAGCAACAUCAGCAGCUGCAGCAACAUCAGCAGCAUCAACACCAGCAGCAACAGCAGCAACAACUUCAUCAUAAUGGUAACAAUAACAUUCAUAAUAAUCAAAUGCAAGCAAAUAAUAAUAAAAGUCUACUGCAGCACAUGUUUUGCCUUCCAUUGAACUAAUUAAAAUAACGAAUUAGAAAAAACAACAGACAACAACAAUGAGCCACACAGCAACAACAAAAAGCAGAGCAACUAAGAAAAUUAAAAACGAUUCCAAGAAUAUAAAUUUCAUAAUAUACAAUCUAUAUAAUCCUUUCUCAACAACAGACACAAAACUUUCAAAAGCAAAGAAUAUUUAUUAUAUAAAAAGCAAAGGCAAAAGCAAUAGCCGAAGCAAAACAAAACAAAAACUGUCACAAGUUGCAAGUAUUACACUAAACGAUUACUUUACUAUUUAAGCACCUAGGCAGCCAGGCGAACUUUAUGCAAGCAAAAGAUAAACCAUUUCAUAACUCAAUGCAAGACUUUUCACCACGAAACUUAGGGAUAUCGAUCCCGCGAGAAUGCAACAAGAACUUUUUAAGCUAACAAUACGUGCAUCAGAUAUAAAAAUAUAUAAUUUUUAAAGGUUUAACACUACAAUGGAGAAAUUUCAUGUUCAUUUUACUAGGCAGGAACGGUGUGCGGCGUAGGAGGCCGAGUAUGGGAGUAUAUAUUUCAAGUGAAUCAAUCUAUAAUAUCUAAGCAUAUAUAAACUCUAAUGUAAAAUGUGUGUGUGUUAGUAUUAGAGAGCAGAGCAUGGUUUUUAAAGGCGACAGCAAAAGAUCGACAUAUGCAUACGUGUGUACUGUGAACAGCAAUAGUUAAUGAAAACGAAAUACCAAUUGUAACUUCGUAACUCUAAUUUUUACACAGAGAAGUCGGGGGACGAGGAUAUUCUCUUCAAAAUGCGAACAAAAAAACAUAUUUAUUUAUUUUAUUCAUUUUCUACUCUGUAUUUUUAACAGCAAGCAAACACAAUCCGUCUACUGGCAAUAUAUUUUUGUUAAGUAUUAAAGAAACUUUUGUUUUUAAUGCAUUCCACUGUACUUACAACAACAAAUAUAUAUAUAUAUUUUUUUUGUUUAUUUGUGAUGGCAUAUAUAGUGCCAGCAUGUUUUUGUAAACCACAUAUGCAUAUUACGAAAAAUUAUUAAAAUUAGUAUAUAUCAAAAAUAUCAUUGUGUUGCGAAGGUAAAUAAAAUAUUGUGUUUUUAAUUGAAGCUAAAAAUAAAUUUCAGCAACAAUGUUACUUGUUAAUGUAUGAAAAGCAAAUAAAAGAGAACAAAUUAAGCGCAUAUUGUUAAAUUUCCAAAAUACAACGCAAUCUAAGAAAGUAAUAUUGAUCAACGUUUUUGAUUAAAGAACAUAGCAAGCAAUCAAUUUAAAUGCAAAACAAACAAGACAAACUGAAAAACAAUUUCAAAUUGCACUUAAACGUUACCGAUUUUAUUAGUAACAACCGAUAUUCUUUAGCCUAUCCCAAUUAUUACGUUGUUGUGUUUGAUAACCAAGUUCUAUGAGUAAGUUUAAUUAGUAUAUAAUGAUUUUACUGAGCGUAUACAUCAAUUUGUAUCUUCUUCAACUGAUGUUUCCGACUAAUUUUUUAAACUGGAUGCACUUUUGGCAUAUAAUACCAGAUGCUAGCAAAAUGAAAUUGAAAACGUAAACGAUAGUUGCGUUACAAUUAUGCAUAUAAACAAAAACGAAUAAAAUAUUGUAUAAGACAAA